AUGUCCACUCAGAGCACCGACGCCGACGCCGACGCCAAUGCCGCAGUCAUGGCCACGGCCAACCCGUACGAAAUCCAAAACAGGAUGCAAGACGUGCAAGAUCCGCCGCGUCAGUGUGAUGGGUACGGGGUCUGGGGUGGCGGUGGUGGUGGUGGUGGUGGUGGUGGUGGUGGUGGUGGUGGUGGCGGCAGCAACACGGCAAGAUGUGCCACGACGACCUCUAUUGUCUAUGUUGGACUGCCGAGGCCGCCGUUGCCCGUCCACCCUGCCGCUGGCGCCCUGGACCCGGACGAACGGUACCAUUUCGAGUGGUUCUGGCGGCGGACCGCGCGGAAGAUCCCGGGCGCUUUCUUCUCCGACGCGGGUAAUGCGCUGUUCUUCCAGGCCUGUGCGAGCGACGUGGCGGUCACGCAUGGCGUGUUGGCCAUGUGUUCGGCGCAUAGGGGGUCGGAUAGAGCGUUUGGUGGGAAGAAGGGGCCGCUACGACUGUCGUUGGGAGAGACUCUGCUGCGACGCUGCGAGGAAGACUUUGCGCUGCGCCAGUAUAACAAGGCGAUAUGGCAUUUGCGGCCGCACUUGCAAGGUCAAGAUACGACCUCGCUACGCAUCGCGCUCUAUUCGUGCGUCGCGUUCAUCUGGGUCGAGUACUUCCGCAGUCGGUAUCGGUCGGCGGCACGUCACUUGGAGCAUGGUCUCAGGAUCUUGCAGUAUGCGCUCCGCAGCCUCUCUGGAUCGAACGGAUUCGGUGCUCAGGCCAUCGAUCAUUGGGUUCUCGGCGUGUUCAGAAAGCUAUACGUGCAGGCGACUUUGUUUGGACAGCGGCCGUGUCAUGCGUGGCCGGUUCCCAGCGACUUGAAGCCCGUGUCUGGGGUGUCUAUCUUCCUGAAUGCACAUGAGGCGAGAGACUAUUUGGAGGGGAUCCUAGUGCGGAUCUGCGAUGUUCUGGAGUGUCACGUCCAGACUCAGCCAACCCAUCUUUCAUUUGAGCCACUUGAAGCCGAUACGUUGAAAAGUAUCUUGAGUGACCUCGAUGCUUGGAUGUCUGCGUACGACAACACCCUCGCUCUCCUCGAGUCCCAGAUGGACAAGGUGGAAGCGUUUGCAUGCCGCGUGCUCCGCAUGUAUCAUACCAUGGCCGUCAUCAUGGCAGACACGGCCUGCGAGCGCGACGAACUCAAAUACGACCGCCACACGGCCAACUUUCUCCAUAUCCUAGAGCAAGCGCUGGAGAUGCGCAAAGUCGCGCUAAACAGCAAGAUUCGCGAGAAAUACUUCGGAGCGGAAGACGGGCUCCCGCACUCGAUUGGCGACAUGGGACUGAUUACCCCACUGUAUUUUGUCGCCGUGAAAUGUCGCGUGCGGCACCUCCGGGUACACGCCAUCAGACUGCUCGAGGAGGAACCGCGCAAAGAAGGGAUCUACGAUUCAGUCCUGGUGGCGAACAUCGCGAGGAAGGUGGCCGCGGUUGAAGGUGGCUUGCACAGCCAAGAUCCCUCUGCGGACGACUUUGCUCUGUCGGAGCUCCCCAAGGAGGCAGAACUACUGUUCGCUGAAGUCCCGCCGGAGCAUUGCCGCUUGCAGAUCCUCGAGGUCUUGCUACCAGAUGAUCCUUGGGAAUGUGCCAUACUGCGGUGCCGAAGCCAGCACUCUAUCGAACAAUUCAUGAUCUCUGCCCAGCAUUCAGCAGGCGGGGACGAUGCGGGAAUGGCAGAGCAUCCGUGA